UUGUGAGUGGGAGUCCAGCCUGUGGCCCCUGCACCCUGUGCCCCUGUGAGCCUGGUCAAGAGGGGACUCAAAGGGUCCCCUCUCCCCCAGCAGCCUCCCUGUUGGACACCCUGAGGUCUGGGCAAGGGAGGGCCUAGGCCAGUGUCCCCAGGAGAGGAGGCACUGUCACCACAGACACAGGGAAGCAGACACAUUGCCAAGGAAGGGCAGAGAGGCAGAUGGGAGGGCAGCCUUACUCUCUGGAGGCCCAUGGUGGCAUUUCUAGGACAGCGGGCCCCAGGGGUAGUGGGUGCCAAGGGCUGGAUGCAGACCCUGUCUGCAUUCCUCACAUAGAUGUCUUGUAGUCCUGGGUGUUUGAUGCAGAUUGGGAAGCUGAACCCCUUCCUAGCACCCUUGUUCCCUGGCUAGGCUGUGGCUGAGCUGGGACUUGAACCUGGGUCCUGAGUGACAUCGCCUUAGGUCCUCCCUCCCUCAGUCUCUGGCCCCCUUCAGCCCUACCUCUGUGUCCCAAACAUCUCCACUGUCCUCUGACUCUGAGGAUACUAGGGCAAGCUGUUGCUGGGCAGGGUCACACCAAGAAGGCAGGAGUCGGGGUGCCACUCUGGCCCCCUUGUCUCUCUGAGCCUGAUCCAGGGGAGGGGACUGGGCAGGCAGGCCUGAACCCUGCUGUCCUAGCUUUGCUGGGAACUGGAGAAUGGCCGUGGGGGCUCUGGGCAUCCUGCACCCCAGCUGUCUUGUGGGCAGUAGGCGCCAAGUCCUCAAGCACGUGGGUUGGGAUAGCCCUGGGGAGGAGGGGUGUUGGUAUCAUCAAGGCUUGCAGGGGGCAGGCUGCGGGAAUGAGGGAGUUAACGGCGGUUGCUUUCUCCUUUCUGGAAGGAAAACUCCCCACAAACGCCCUGGUCCCUGGCCUCCCGCCAGGGCCAAGAACAGGGACUGAAAACUGGAAGUUCAGGCGUGUGGCCAGCUCUGCCUCUCAUAGCAAGCGUUAGAGUCGGGCAGCAGCCCUGCCAUCGCCAGCUGUCCGUCCAUACACCCACCUGUCCUCUGGGUGCCUCUGUUCGUUGGUAAACCUGUCUGUCCACCGUCUGUAAUCCCGUCUCUGUCCAACCUUCUCUUACUAUCUUUUGUCCAGCUAUCUGGACUGUCAAUCCAUUUGUUUGUCUGUCUCUGGCCUCCAUCUAUUUGUUCAUCUGUCCAAUCACCUGUGAGUCUAUCUGCCCAUCUUGUUCAUUCAUCUACCCAUCUGUCUGUCUAUCUGCCUUCUCUCUCCACCCUGGACCUCAGAGCCAUGGCCCAGGGACGCAGGGCCACGGUCAGCAUGGUCCUUCUGGGAUUGGGGCUGGCCCUAGCCAUCAUCGUGCCCGCCGUGGUCCUCUCUCGCCACCAUGCCCACUGCGGCUCCCAGGCCUUUGCCCACGCUGCAGUCGCCGCUGACUCCAAGGUCUGCUCGGAGAUUGGACGAACCAUCCUCCAGCAACAAGGCUCACCUGUGGAUGCCGCCAUUGCGGCUCUGGUCUGCACCGGAGUCGUCAACCCUCAGAGCAUGGGGUUGGGUGGAGGGGUCAUCUUCACCAUCUAUAACGCCACCACAGGGAAGGUGGAAGUCAUCAAUGCCAGGGAGACGGUGCCUGCCAGCUAUGUCCCCGGUCUGCUGGACCAGUGUGAGCAGGCCCAGCCACUGGGCACAGGGGCCCAGUGGAUUGGAGUGCCCGGGGAACUCCGUGGUUAUGCUGAGGCCCACCGUCGCCACGGCCACCUGCCGUGGGCACAGCUGUUCUGGCCCACCAUCUCCCUGCUCCGAGGGGACUACCGCAUGCCCUUUACCCUCAGUCAGUUCCUGCAGAGUGACUUCCUACGGCCUUCCCUGUACAUGACUUCUCUGAGGCAGCUCUUUUUCAAUGGGACAGAACCUCUGAAGGCUCAGGACCCAUUCCCAUGGCCCGCGUUGGCUGCCACCCUGGAAACCGUGGCCACAGAAGGUGCAGAAGUCUUCUACACAGGGACGCUGGGCCGGACGCUGCUGGAGGACAUUGCCAAUCAAGGUAGCCAGCUGACCCUGCAGGACCUGGCAGAGUUCCAGCCGGAGGUAGUGGAUGCCCUGGCAGUGCCCCUGGAGGACUACACCCUAUACUCACCGCCACCACCCGCAGGGGGUGCGAUUCUCAGCCUCAUCCUCAACGUGCUCAAAGGGUUCAACUUCUCCUCUGAGUCGGUGGCCAGGCCCGAGGGGAGCGUGAACUUGUACCAUCACCUUGUGGAGACGCUCAAGUUUGCCGGGGGACAGAGGUGGCGACUGUGGGACCCUCGUAGCCACCCGGAUAUCCAGAACGCCUCCCAGGACCUGCUGGGAGAGGCUUUGGCCCAGCACAUCCAGCAGCAGAUCGACGCUCGGGGUGACCACCAUCUCAGCCACUACAGCCUGGCCGGGGCCUGGGGCCACGGGAUGGGCACAGCGCACGUUUCUGUGCUGGGGGAGGAUGGCAGUGCUGUGGCAGCCACGAGCACCAUCAACACGCCCUUUGGAGCAAUGCUGUACUCGCCACGCACGGGCAUCCUCCUCAACAAUGAGCUUCUGGACCUAUGCUGGAGGCGCUCACCGGACUCCAGAGUCACCCCACUACCUGUUCCAGGCGAGCGACCUCCAUCAUCCAUGGUCCCCUCCAUCUUGAUCAAUGCAGCUCAGGGGUCAAAGCUGGUGAUCGGUGGGGCUGGUGGGGAGCUCAUCAUCCCUGCUGUGGCUCAGGCCAUCAUAAACAAGCUAUGGCUUGGCUUUGACCUGAGGACUGCCAUUGAAGCCCCUAUCCUGCAUGUCAACAGCAAGGGCCAUGUGGAAUAUGAGCCCAACUUCAGCCGGGAGGUGCAGAAGGGGCUCCAGGACAGGGGCCACAACCAGACCACGAGGCCCUUUUUCCUGAACGUGGUCCAGGCUGUGUCCCAGGACGGGGCCUGUGUGUAUGCCGCAACGGACCCAAGGAAAGGUGGGGAGGCCUCGGGCUACUGAGGAGACUGCUUCUGGCAGCUGCAAUCCGGCCCACCGUCAGUGUGUGCUCAGGCUGGCCUUGGCUGUGGGACCCAGCACCCAAGCAAGAUCUGGACCCUUCGGCGGAGGGUCAGCCUGGGCUGCAAGAGGUGGGGACAGGCUGGAAGAUGGACGACUGUGGGGACUGAGCCCUCUCCCAGAGUCCCACGUGGCCCUGCCCUGGCCCCCCCAAGCUUCCCCUAGACCUCUUACUCAGGACCGUGGCCCACUCUCCCUCCCCACCUGCCCCACUCCCCAUCUGUAUACCCUCUAGUCCAAGAUUAAAGAGGAGGGUGGACCUCGGCAUGA